CAUGAACUCAAAGCAAGAAGCAUGAAGUUUGUUAUGAGCAUUAGUAUUUGUCAAUCUGCAGGUGCUGAGCUUUGAUGCUCUAAAUAAACUGUCCCUGAAAUCAGUUUCCUGUAUGUUUGACUUUGUCACCCCUCUAUCUUGCAUGUUUCUCCCCAGUUAAGUGUCACUAUGAAGUGGAGGAGGAGUCCUGUUCAUCAAUGCUGACGUGCUUUAAAUAAAUAUGGUGAGAAUCAUAAAUACACCUUCUGAUUUGUCAGUGAAACUUUUUGAUGAUUUCCUCUCUUCUGUCUAAUAAGGUAAAAGUGUCUUUGAUUGGCUUGUUGUUUGGUGGUUGUGAAGCCUUCUGCCUCUGUCUCUCCUAAAUCUUUCAGUUCUGAGCUGAUCAAACAUUUAGUAUUAUCAGUAAAGAUGGAGAGCGGUCUAACUCUCAUUUUUUUGUCUUCUGUGAUCAAACUUGCCACAGCUGGAAAUGUGAGGCUGGUGGGUGGUAGUAAUUCCUGUGCUGGUAGAGUGGAGGUUUAUUAUGAUGGAGAAUGGGGAACUGUGUGUCAUGAUUUUUGGGGUUUGACAAACACUGCAGUGGUGUGUAGAGAGCUGGGCUGUGGUGAAACUUCAAACUCAAUGCAUACUGUUCACUUUGGACCAGGAUCAGGAAAAUCUGGAUGGAUAAUGUGAGAUGUAGUGGAUCAGAGUCCUCAAUAUUCAAAUGCUCAAAAACAAAAAUGGGAGAUCAUGACUGUGUACAUAAAGAAGAUGUUGGUGUUAUCUGCUCAGGCAUCAGGUUGGUUGGAGGUUCUCACUGCUCUGGAAGAUUAGAGGUGCCUCAUGGGAACACAUGGUACACAGUCUGUGCUGAUGCCUUUGACCAGCAGGAUGCAGAGGUUGUGUGUAGAGAGCUGGACUGUGGGGCUCCUGUACAGGUGCUGGGAGCAGCUGCUUUUGACAAAGGAGACACUCAGAUGUGGACACAAGAGAUUCAGUGCAAAGGAAAUGAGUAUCAGUUUGCUCUCUGUCCAAUGUCACUUUCACACAAUUGUUCCCAUGACAAUGAUGUGAGCGUUGUAUGUGCUGAAACAUUGCGAUUAGUAGGUACUAACAGUCACUGUGCUGGUAGAGUGGAGGUUCUUCAUGAUGGUCAGUGGGGAACAGUGCGUGAUGUUGGCUGGGAUUUGGCUGAUGCUGCAGUGGUGUGUAGAGAACUGGGCUGUGGAGAGGCUUUAAGUGCACCAAAGAGUGCUUACUUUGGAGAAGGAUCAGGAAAAAUAUGGAUUUCUAACUUACAGUGUACUGGAACAGAACCUACGUUGAUGAACUGUGGAUUGUUUGGAUGGGGACUAAAAGCUAAACAUACUGAAGAUGCUGGAGUCAUCUGCUCUGGUAAGCUCAUCUAG